AUGAUACUCCGAUACUUACUACCAUUAUCCUUCCUCUUCCUUCACACGUUCGCGCAAGACGGCGAGCAGGAGGACGACACGUCUUUCGACUUGUUCGAAGUUAGCCGCAUAAGCCGCAAGACACUGGGGGCCAAACAGUUCCGAGGCCAGAACUCGGAUGCCCCCGCGUACCGCUUCAUUCGCUUCGACCACUUGCCCCCUGUGAGCCCCGUCAUCCUGGGGCAAAUAAUUGGCCAGAUCCAAAACAACGAGGGCUUCGUGUUCGUGGCCAGUAUCCGCCAGGAUCGCAGCUCUCGGGGGACCUUGCUGGGCUUCGAGGGUCCCGACGGACAGCGCCAGUUUGAGAUCGUCUCCAACGGACGUGCCAACUCCCUGGAUCUGGUCUACUGGUUGGAAGGUGCCCAGAACAUCGUUUCGUUCGAAGACGUGGACCUGUCCGACUCCCAAUGGAAGAACAUCACGCUUCAGGUCCACGGGGAGAACGCCAACCUGUACGUAGGCUGCAACCUGGUGGACAGCGUCAUCCUGGACGAGCCUUUCUACGAGCACCUGCAGGCAGAGGGUAGCCGCAUGUAUGUUGCCAAAGGAGCCAUCCGGGAGAACCACUUCAGGGGUCUUCUGCAGAAUGUUCGUUUCAUCUUUGACACCACAAUCGAGGAUGUCCUGCUGAGUCGAGACUGCGAAGUUUCUAAACAAGAUGAUGCCAAUAUUGUGAGCGAGAGCACGGAGAUUGUGGACGUGAGUCCUUCCAUCACCACCAACAUCAUAGGCCAGAAAAGAGUUGAUGCAGGCUCAGACAUGUGCGACCGCUCCUGCGAGGAACUCAGCACCAUGUUCCAGGAGCUCAAUGGCCUCCGAGUGGUAGUCAGUAACCUCAUUGACGGCUUGCAAAAAGUGACAGAGGAGAACACCGUCAUGAAGGAGGCCCUCGGAAAGAUGAAGAACACCAAAGAGAAGAACAUGUGUUGGCAGGAUGGCCGACUGUUCGACGACAAGGAAGACUGGGUUGUAGACAGCUGCACCAAAUGUACCUGCCAGGAAUCCAAAGUAGUGUGUCACCAAAUUACCUGCCCCGCAGUGGCCUGUGCCAGCCCUACAUUUGUUGAUGGCGAGUGUUGUCCUGUGUGCCUGCCUAAAGGCAGUGAACAUGGCUGGUCCCCAUGGUCUGAGUGGACGGAGUGCACGGUCACUUGCGGGACAGGAACUCAACAGAGGGGAAGGUCUUGUGACGCCACCAGUAACCCCUGUACAGGACCUUCGAUCCAAACUCGCAAGUGCAGCCCAGGAAAAUGUGACAGUCGUGUUCGCCAGGAUGGAGGAUGGAGCUUGUGGUCGCCUUGGUCGUCCUGCUCGGUGACCUGCGGAGAUGGCCAGAUCACCAGGAUACGACACUGUAAUGCCCCCAUGCCUCAGCUUGGGGGAAAAGACUGUGAAGGCAAUGGUCGAGAGACUCAGCGCUGCACUGCAGAGCCUUGUCCGAUUGAUGGAGGUUGGGGGCCUUGGUCUCCAUGGGCAACCUGCUCAGCAACAUGUGGUGGGGGAAUUAAAAGCAGAAAACGUGAAUGCAACAGUCCUUAUCCUCAGUAUGGCGGCAGGAAGUGUAUCGGAGAGGUCAACGACAGAGACAGCUGUAACAAAAAAGACUGUCCUGUUGAUGGCUGUCUGUCUAACCCAUGCUUUGGAGGGGUGGACUGCAACAGUUCUCCAGACGGCUCUUGGGAGUGUGGGCCAUGCCCUGCCGGCUUCCGUGGAAAUGGUACCUACUGUGAAGAUAUCAAUGAGUGUGAUAUGGUUUCUGACAUAUGCUUCAACGUGGGCGGACAGCAGCGCUGCGUCAACACCGAUCCAGGGUUCCAUUGCCUGCCUUGCCCUAAACGCUACAAGGGCACCCAACCAUUUGGGAUGGGAAUGGAGGAAGCUAAGAUAAACAAGCAGGUGUGUGAGCCAGAGAAUCCCUGCAAGGACAAGACACACAACUGCCAUAGAUCAGCUGAAUGUAUAUACCUCAGCCAUUUCAGUGAGCCUAUGUAUAAGUGUGAGUGUCGCACCGGUUAUGCUGGCGAUGGCUAUAUCUGUGGGGAAGACUCAGACCUUGAUGGCUGGCCUAAUAACAACCUCGUGUGUGGAGCCAAUGCAACCUACCAUUGCAAGAAGGACAACUGCCCCAACCUGCCCAAUUCUGGACAAGAAGACUUCGACAAAGAUGGUCAAGGAGAUGCUUGUGAUAAAGAUGACGACAAUGACGGGAUCCUGGAUGAAAGGGACAACUGCGCCCUUCUCUACAACCCUCGCCAGUCUGACUUUGAUAAAGAUGAAGUAGGGGACCGCUGUGAUAACUGUCCUUACGAACAUAAUCCUAACCAGAUUGAUACGGACCACAAUGGGGAAGGGGAUGCCUGUGCUAUAGACAUUGAUGGAGAUGAAAUCCUAAAUGAGAAUGACAACUGCCCUCUUGUAUACAAUACGGAUCAGAAGGACACAGACAUGGAUGGAGUUGGUGACCAGUGUGAUAACUGUCCCCUGCUGCACAAUCCUCUGCAGUUGGACAUAGACAACGACUUAGUGGGAGAUCAAUGCGACAAUAACCAGGAUAUCGACGAAGACGGCCAUCAGAACAACCAGGACAACUGUCCUUAUGUGGCAAAUGCCAACCAGGCAGACCAUGAUAAAGACGGCAAAGGAGACGCAUGUGACUUUGAUGAUGAUAAUGACGGUAUACCUGAUGAUAAGGACAAUUGCAGGCUGACCCCCAACGCAGACCAGCUGGACUCUGACGGUGAUGGACGAGGUGAUGCUUGCAAAGAUGACUUCGACAACGACAAUAUCCCAGACAUCCUUGAUGUGUGCCCAGAGAACAGCGCCAUUAGCGUCACAGACUUUAGGAAGUUUCAGAUGGUACACUUGGACCCGAAGGGAACCACUCAAAUCGACCCCAACUGGGUGGUUAGGCACCAGGGCAAAGAGCUUGUACAAACUGCCAACUCUGACCCGGGUAUUGCCGUAGGCUUUGAUGAAUUCAGUGCUGUGGACUUUAGUGGCACAAUGUACGUGAACACAGACAGGGACGACGACUACGCCGGCUUCGUUUUUGGCUACCAGUCGAGCGGGCGCUUUUAUGUAGUGAUGUGGAAGCAGAUCACACAAACCUACUGGGAGGACAAGCCAUCCAAGGCCUUCGGCAUCUCUGGUGUGUCACUCAAAGUAGUCAAUUCGACCACCGGUACUGGAGAACACCUCAGGAAUGCUUUGUGGCACACGGGCAACACUCCCGGAGAGGUACGCACUCUUUGGCACGACCCCAAAAACAUCGGCUGGAAAGAUUACACAGCUUACAGGUGGCACCUCAUCCAUAGACCAAAAACUGGUUUCAUCAGGGUUGUUGUGUACGAGGGUAAACAGAUCAUGGCUGACUCGGGGCCAGUUUAUGACAAGACGUUCGCUGGCGGAAGGUUAGGAUUGUUUGUCUUUUCACAAGAACUGGUCUUCUUCUCCGACCUCAAGUAUGAGUGCAGAGAUGAGCUGGAGUUGCCAACAAAGUUGACAAGGUAA